UGGCCACAAAGUAUGCCGAUGAAUAUACAUUUUCCUUGUAUCAUGCUACGCUAAAUAUGGUCAUGGUCAGUAUGUCAAUAAUCCCUGUGUUUAAGAGACGACCAGACACUGGUGUUGGGACAUUCCUUCUGUUCGACUCUCUUGCUCUCUCUGACGUCUGAUGCUUAAAACAGAGCAUGCUUUCAUCCUUCCGCACAUUGUCGCAAUCCCCUAGGAACACUUUUUAAAGGGUGCCGCAGCCACUCGGGGGAAACAGUUGCUGGCCAAAUCAGAUACAGACGCCUCGAUUCAAGCUUUCCGUGAAUGCUGCAUUGCCGUUUCAGAUUUGCACCAGCCUAACGACAGAAGGGACCAUGUCUACCUUCGGCUACAGGCGAGAGCUUAGUAAAUACGAGGAGCUAGAUGAAGAUGAGCUCCUGGCUUCUCUGACCGAUGAGGAGCUGAAGGAGUUGGAGAGAGAGCUCGAGGACAUUGAGCCUGACCGAAACCUUCCGGUGGGACACAGGCAAAAAAGUCUCACGGAGAAAACUCCAACGGGGACUUUCAGCCGGGAGGCACUAAUGGCCUAUUGGGAAAGGGAGACCAGGAAACUACUGGAAAAAGAGAGGAUGGGGGCGUGUGAACAGGAAUCUAAACAAGAAGAUGAUGAAGAUGGAUCAGAAGAAAUCAAUGAAGAAUAUUUCACGGAAAGUAACAGCGAAGUUUCUGAAGAGGCAUUCACUGAAGAAGAUGAAGAAGAGGAGGACAAGGAGGAAGAGGAGGAAGAAGAAGACAAUGACGACGCUGGAGACGAAAGUGGUGCAGACGACGGUGAGGAAAAGAAACCUGCUGAAGCAUGUAAAAAUGUUGCAGACACCGAAAAAAGAAGAAGUUCGCUCAGCAUUAAACUAAAAAGUGGCAAGAAUGCAAAUGAAAUGGUUACAAAUGGCCAUAGUGAAAAGAAUACUGAAGAUCUGGGCUGCAGGGUGGGUGCCAUGCACCCAUGUGGAAAUCCAACGGUGAUUGAAGAUGCCCUGGAAAAAGUCAGGAACAAUGAUCCCGACACCACGGAAGUCAACCUAAACAACAGAAACAUCACACCACAGAUGCUGACACAUUUUGCGCAGGCCCUCAAGAACAACACUGUGGUCAAGACCUUUAGCUUGGCCAACACCCAUGCGGACGACAAUGCCGCAAUGGCUAUUGCCGGCAUUUUAAAAGUGAACCAGCACAUCUCAAAUCUGAAUCUGGAUUCCAAUUUCAUCACGGGCAAAGGAAUACUUGCUAUCAUGAGGGCUUUGCAGAACAACAAGGUUUUGACGGUGCGGUUCCACAACCAAAGGCAUAUCAUGGGCAGCCAGGUUGAAAUGGACAUUGUCAAACUCCUGAAGGACAAUACUACUAUUGUGAAACUGGGGUAUCACUUUGAGCUUGCAGGACCAAGGAUAAGCAUGACGAGCAUCCUGACAAGAAACAUGGAUAAGCAAAGGCAGAAACGGAUGCAGGAGCAAAGACAGCUAGAGGCCAGCGGGGAUGGAGCCAUCAAUCCAAAGACCAAAGCUUGCAAAAAAGUAACUCCUGGUUCUUCCUAUUCAUCUCCUCGAAGUUCACCUUGGUCCUCUCCGAAGGUUGCUAGGAAAGUCUCAUAUUCAAAUCCACCCUCUUCUCCAAGAAAUUCGCCCUGUUCCUCUCCAAGGGCUAAGAAGGUUCCUUCUGUUAAAAACCAGCCUCCAUCUCCUCCUCCUCCCCCACCACCCCCCCCCCCACCCCCCCCACCUCAAAUAGCUCCCGAAAAGAAGGCACCAACCAGAAAUAUUGCAGAGGUUAUCAAACAACAGGAAAGGCCAAGAAGGCCCCGCAAAAAUAAGCAGAAAAAGAAGAAAGGCAAGAGAGCAAAAAAAAAUGAGAAUGAGAUCUUGAAAGAAAUAAAAAAUUCAUUAAAAUCAGUCCCAGACAAGAAGUCAGAGGAAGUCCGUCCCUCCACCCGACCUUCUACUCCAGUGAGAUCCGUUCAUAGUGACCUAAUGGAUGCAAUUCGUGCAAGUAGCAUGAACAGCUGAGGCGGGUGGAAAUCCCAGAAGCACUGCGAUGAAAAACAAAGAAACAGGAAUGGAAACGACCGAGAUGAGAGUUUAAUGAUGGUUAAGAGAAAGGUACCAAGUUGUUCUGCAGCGGUUCUAUAGACUAAUGUAAAUGGCUUCAAGAGUGCACUCUUAUAUUGAAUAUGAACAGAGACCGAUUAAACCAUCAAGCAACGCUUCUAAGGAUGCAUCAGCAUUUUCCUUUGUAAAUAUGGAACGUACAUUUUUUUUUAUCUGAUGAGAUUUAUAAGAAGAAAUAGUUUAUUUAGAUGUUCCUGUUGAUACCAAGUACCACUUCCCAGAACAUGUUCCUUAUGCAGAGAAGGAAUUGUUCAGUGACCUGUGCAUUUUAUUUUUGAUGUCUGCCUCGUGAAUUUACAAUAAAGGUGGUUUGGGUUUUCAAGUGACAAAA